AUGGAACCGCCGGCCACCGCAAGAAAAAGCUCCUCCAGACGGCUUCUCUUUGACCGCCGAUACGGCUGGGUGGUCGACGAGUGGAAGGAUCCAUCGGAGGAAGCUCUCGCCGGCGGCCGAGGAAUGUUUUGUGUAGUUCCAUUGGGGAUAACUUUGUACAAGACCGCUUCGCAAUCGGUUAACUCGGCCGUCAAAUUUAUGGAUAUGAAGCUUCAGAAAUGGGCUAAUCCUAUGGACAACCCAAUAUCUAUUGGAGGUGGAGAUUCACGAUCAGUGUUUGAAACGUAA